AUGGGAAAGAAAAGUUAUCAGAACUAUGGGAAGACCUUCCGCAAGCCGAAGCGACCUUUCGAGAAGGAACGUCUGGAUGGAGAGAUGAAAAUCAUCGGAGAGUACGGCCUGAAGAACAAACGCGAGGUCUGGCGCGUUCAGUAUGCGUUGGCAAAGAUCCGCACCGCAGCGCGCACGCUUCUGACGCAGGAGGAGCGCUCUGAGACGCGAAUCUUCCAGGGCGAAGCUUUGCUGCGCCGCAUGGUGCGAUUGGGCCUGCUGCUAGAGUCAGAGAAGAAAUUGGAUUUCGUGCUGGGCCUUACAACUGCGAAGAUCAUGGAACGCAGGCUUCAGACCAAGGUCUUCAAGCUCGGACUUGCCAAAUCCAUCCAUCACGCGCGCACCUUGAUCCGCCAGAGGCACAUUCGUGUGGGCAAACAGAUUUGUGACAUCCCAUCAUUCCUGGUCCGCCUGGAUAGCGAGAAGCACAUCGACUUUGCCUUGACAUCGCCCUUCGGCGGUGGCCGACCAGGCCGAGUGCGUCGCAAGAUGAUGGCAUCCAAAGGUGGCGGCGGUGGCGGCGAUGAUGAGGAAGACUAG